CCCGCCCUCUUCGCACGCCUGGCUCCGCCCACAGUGAGCUUAAGCCCGCUCUACGGCAGAGACGGACGUGGCUCCUGCGUCUUCUUGUGAGCGUGCGCGCGCCCGAGUGCGUGUGUCUUUGGCGCGGGCUCCCAUGGUCUCGGCGGCCAGCGAUCGGCUUUGAAGAGCAGGAACUGCGGACAGCUAAAGAGGCGUGAUCAGAGGUCAACAGUCUGGGAAGUUGGCACGACAGAGCUGGAUGUGACCCUCAGGAGAGAAUGGUGCUGGACUCGGGGACCCAGGUGUAUGAGCAGGCACCCCCCAGCCCACCUGCCGGUUCCCCAUCUCAGCACCAUAAGCUGAAGCCCUCAAACCGAGAUGGGCCACCCCUCUACCCCUGGCCUCAGUCCCUGGGUAUGCCAUUGGCUCUGGCUGUUCCCUCAGAGCUGCGGCAGCAGACUAUGUGGCAGACCUUCUCAAAGCUGCACUUGGAACAGCGUAGCCACAUGCGGCGCAGCGAGAGUACGUGCAGUGUAAAUGGCGCUGGCCGGCGGGGGCGUGGCAAAGCCCCACCUGGACGGGGAUGUGAUCCCGGAGGGACCCUACGGCCCGCAGCCUCCUUACCUCACAUUGCUAAGAUUCGAAAGGACGUAGGCAGUAGUAACAGCAAGAGCCCCUGUAUGUUGGUGGCCCUGCGGCCGACUAACAUGGACCAGGAACGGGAAAAGUUCUUCCAGUCUCAUUAUACCUACAAUCCACAGUUCGAGUAUCAGGAACCGUUGCCAAUGAGUGUGCUGGAGAAGUACCAGGAGGCCUCUGCGCAGUUCAUGAGUCAGGCAGUCGCCAUCAUUGAGGCUGUCCUGGAGAAGUUUGGCACUUAUGAAAACUUUGAGGCUGCCACAGGGGGCCAGCUGCUGACCAAGUGCCAAAUUUGGUCCAUUGUGCGCAAAUACAUGCAGAAGGAAGGCUGUGUUGGGGAGGUCGUGGUGCAGCUGAGUGAAGACCUGCUUUCCCAGGCAGUGAUGAUGGUGGAGAACAGUCGACCCACACUGGCCAUCAACCUGACUGGAGCCCGCCAAUUCUGGCUGGAGGGCAUGCUGCGUCACGAGAUAGGCACCCACUACCUGCGUGGUGUGAAUAAUUCGCGGCAACCAUGGCACAGCACUGAAGGCAGACUGCAGUACGGCCUUCAGCCAGCCAACCCCACGGAGGAGGGCCUGGCGAGCCUGCAUAGUGUGCUGUUUCGAAAGCAACCAUUCCUGUGGCGCGCCGCCCUGCUGUACUACACCAUCCACCAGGCGGCGCACAUGUCCUUCCGCCAGCUCUUCCAGGAUCUGGCGCAAUACGUGCAGGACGAAGGUGUGCGCUGGGAGUACUGUGUCCGUGCCAAGCGAGGACAGACGGAUACCUCCCAGCCAGGAUGCUUCAGCAAGGACCAGGUGUACCUGGAUGGCAUUUUGCGCAUCCUGCGGCACCGACACACCAUCGAUUUCCAGCUGCUGACCUCGCUGGGCAAGGUCUCCUAUGAAGAUGUGGAACAACUGCGGCCCCAUGGGGUCCUAGAUAACACCAGAGUACCCCACUUCAUGAAGGACUUAGAUCGUUACCGGCAGCAGCUGGAACACAUCAUGACUACCAACCGGCUGGAUGAAGCGGAGCUGGGCCGCCUGCUGCCUGACUGAUGUGGACUGAGGGUUACAGACAGAAGCUCUUAACAGAGGUCACAGAUCAGAAUAUGAAGUUCUUUAUGGUUCCAUAGCCUAGGUGUUUCUUGUGGGCUUUUGGGAGGCCAGGAGCAUCUUGGGAAGAUGAGAAGCAAUGUCAGAAGGUUUUGUUUUUGUCCUUGCUAACCUUCCUGGGGCCUGUGAACUAGCAGCAGCAUGUCACAUAAACUCCUGAACAGGGGCAGUGGGGGGAUAAGAUGGGAGCUGAGUGUGAAUAGAAAUUUGGGCUGGUUUGGGAAUAGAGACUUGUUCCUGCAUGAGAUGGCAUUGGGUGUCUGGUACCACUCUUUCCCCUCCCCCACUACCUGGCCUGUUGGUGCUCCUUCAGCAUUCAUACUGUCUACCUCUCACUGGGGCCGGCAGGAGUUGGGGUCCCCUCUGAGGUGACUUGCCUGAGCAUGGGGUUCUGGCUGUCACUCAGGCUCAAAGACCCAGCUGGGCUGGGCUUUGCCUUUCAGCAUUCUGUCUGUCUGUCUGUAUGUCUGUCUGUCUCACUGCUCAUGCAUUGUUCUAUGAGUCAGUGGGGCCAGGAAACAGCAGCUCCUGGUAGUUCUGUGCAGGGGCAGCAGGAUACUUUGGAAAGGUACCAUUUG